AUGGCAUUCAAAUUCGUCGCCUUCGCCGCCUUCGUGGCCGUCGCCCGCGCUGGGGUUGUCCCCGCUUACUCUGCCGCCCCCGUGGCCUAUGCCGCCCCCGCUGUGGCUAAGAUCGCCGCCCCCGUGGCUUAUGCCGCCCCCGCAGCUUACCCUGCCUACUCUGCCUACUCCGCCCCCGUGGCCAAGGUUGCCGCUCCUCUGGCCUAUGCCGCCCCCGCCUAUGCCUCCCCCGCCUACGCUGCCCCCAUCGCCAAGUACGCCGCUGCCCCCGUCGCCUACGCCGCCCCCGUCGCUAAGGCCGUCGUCGCCGCCCCCGCCCUCGCCAAGGUCGCCGUCGACACCGACUACGACCCCAACCCUCAGUACUCCUACGCCUACGAUGUCCAGGAUGUCCUGACCGGAGACAGCAAGUCUCAGCAGGAGAGCCGCAACGGUGACGUCGUCCAGGGCUCUUACUCCCUGGUGGAGCCCGACGGCAGCCGUCGCACCGUCGAGUACACCGCUGACCCCGUCAACGGAUUCAACGCCGUCGUCCACAAGGAUGCCGCCGUCACCAAGGCCGUCGUUGCCGCCCCCGCUGUGGCCAAGAUCGCCGCCCCCGUGGCUUAUGCCGCCGCCCCCGCCUACAAGGUUGCCGCCCCCGUGGCCUAUGCCGCCGCCCCCGCCUACAAGGUCGCUGCCCCCGUGGCCUAUGCCGCCCCCGCCUACGCCCACGCUCCCGUCGCUGCCUACGCCGCCCCCAUCGCUAAGGUCGCUGCCCCCGUGGCUUAUGCCGCCCCCGCCUAUGGCGCUCCCCUCGCCGCCAAGGCCUACCUGGGUUAAGCUGCUGCACUGAGGAAACUGCCAAAAAUGUCAUAAAAUCAUCUCAGACCUCACCGAGCGCCUUUUCCUGAACUGUCAAACUUUUCCGUUGCAUUUCCAUUUUUUGUACAGAACGCAAUCAGCAUCGUUCUCAUCGGACAAAUCCUCCUUUUUUAUGUAAUUUAUGUAAGUGUCUGUUGUAUUGCCUUUGUUGCCCUAAAUGGAAAUAAAUAAAAUGUGUAUAUACAAAGAAAAAAAAAUUACAUUUCUCUUCUCAAUCACAUAAAAAAAAAUAAUAAUAAAUAGCUUUUGAUCCACUCAUAUAAAUAAAGCUAAU